GACAAAAGCCGUAAUACUAACAAUUGCCUUCUAUUGCUCGCAUCUCUUUCACUUAUAUGAAUUUUCAUAUUUGAUUAGUUUACUUUCAACGAUAAGAUUCUCUACUCAACUUUUCUUGGAAAUCUCAGUCUUCGAUUGCUGUAAAUGAGGAUGAUGAAUUUGAAGGUUUUCUUGGGGAUUUUUGCUUUAAACAUCGCUGCUGUUUGUUCAGUUUCCUCAGCUGACUCCUGCUUUUCUUAUCCGUUCCACGACGCCAUUUUGGCAAAGGUCUUUACGUCAGAGUUAUCUGAUGAUGAUGUGGAAGAGUUGAUUAAACAAGACUUGGUGAAGGACGCAGGUGACACCGAGGAAGUCGUCGAUGCUUUCGAGGAUACUUUUAAGAAAGUUCGUGACCACGAUUUGGGCAGAGGACUGCUUGCAAACCACAAGACAUCAGGAAUUGUUUCAGGGGGAGCCAUUAAUGACUGGAAUUCCAUGCAUGUGGAGAAAGAAAACAAAUAUGCCGACCUAUCAAGGAUUCAAAGGCUUCAAAGGAUUCAAUAAAGGAAGGAAAUAAUGGAACAUAGAUAAUGGCUGAAUUGCUGUUAACGAUGAACUAAUGUAGUGCACAUCUUUUGUAGCAUAGAAUUAUGUUAUCAAAAGCAAAAAUAAA